AUGGAGGGUUCGCCGAAAGGGUUGAGAAAAGGUGCAUGGACUGCUGAAGAAGAUAGUCUCUUAAGGCAAUGCAUCGAUAAGUAUGGAGAAGGCAAAUGGCACCAAGUUCCUCUACGAGCAGGGCUAAACCGGUGCAGGAAGAGUUGUAGACUAAGAUGGUUGAACUAUUUGAAGCCGAGUAUCAAGAGAGGAAAACUUAGUCUUGAUGAAGUUGAUCUUCUUCUUCGCCUUCAUAAGCUUCUAGGAAACAGGUGGUCUUUAAUUGCUGGUAGAUUACCCGGUCGGACCGCUAAUGAUGUCAAGAACUACUGGAACACCCAUUUGAGUAAGAAACAUGAACCGUGCAGUAAUACCAAGGUGAGAAAGAGAAACAUUCCUUGCUCUUCAACCACACCCGCCCAAAAAAAUGAAGUUAUCAAACCUCGACCUCGAUCCUUCACGGUUAACAACGGCUGCAGCCAUUCCAGUGGCCAGCCAAAAAUUGACGUUAGUCCUCUCUUCCUUGGAGUAAACAACACUAAUAAUGUUUGUGAAAAUAGUAUCACAUGUAAAAACAACGCGGAGAAAUAUGAGCGCCUUAAUAAUUUAAUGGAUGGAGAGAACAUGUGGUGGAAGAGUUUGUUAGAGGAGAGCCAAGAACCAGAUGCGCUUGCUCCAGAAGCUGCAGAAACAGAAAAGCUGGCGUUUGAGGUUGAGCAACUUUGGAAUCUGUUGGAUGGAGAGACUGUGGAACUUGAUUAA